GUAUUUUCAAAUAGAAAGCAACCCAUUCGUUACAAUUUAGGAAAUCAAACACGUUUCACUUUUGAUACAGUAUUUUGAUAAAUCGUUAGCAGAUUAAGUUGUAAUAAAUAUAUAAAAAAUUCUAGAAUAAUAUAAAAGUCGAAAUUUAAAGUUUUCGUCAUGGGCAAUAUUCUCGGAGAAGUGAACCGCCCCUCGGAUUCUGUGAAGGCGUACCGAAAUUUUUUGCGUCUUUACAGCCGACAGCAUGCAGAAAUGCAUCCUAAUGAUGCUGCUAAUGUUGCGAUCCGUCUUUGGGGAACCCUUACACCGAGUGAGAAACAACGAUACGAGGAGUUGGAUUGGGAUGUGAUCGAAAAUGCUACUAAAGUAGAGGGGAAAUCCAAAAAUUCAGAGAAGAAGAAGUCAAGUCUUGCAGCGAGGAAGUCGCCGAAAAAGAAGUCACACCUCCGAAAGAAAGCCGGAAAGCCAAAGACAAGUCUGAGCUCAAAGUCCAGGGCAAUGUCAAAGGCCAAGCCAAAUCCAUGUGUAAAAACAAAAGCGAAAGCUAAAGCGACGCCUUGUAAAACCCGCCGAGUGCAGGCGAAGAAGACGUCCACCAGGCAGGAUACACAACGGGCCAAUAAGCUCGCCUUCGUCAACUUUAUUAAAAAAUUCCGAGAGGCCACCUGUCUACCUAAUAAAAAGGGAAGAAUGGAUUCUCUUAAGAAGGCUGCAAAAGCGUGGUGCAAUCUCCGCGAAAGUCAGCGCAGGAAAUUCUACACUAUGCCCAGGAUAGAAUAGAACCUAGGAUGCCUUGGAUAAACUAGGCUAAUCAGAGCAUACAUGGCUGUCCGUCACGAGAAAUUCCCAUUCGGCAUUAAGCUUAGUCAACCGCUUACACAAUAGCAAGAGUUCUGCAAAACCCCUGAAUCACACUAACAAAAAAAAACUAAAACACAUGUAGCAUUGUCGCCAAAGCUACACGCAAGUCCAGGCCAACACGAAAGCCGAAGUCCGAAGCAACAGUAAACACACAACUAACAAAAAUAAACAAAAACAAGACCAGAGAGAAAGAGUCACUGAAAUAGAAAAGCCAACACGACAAUCAUUCACAUUUAAAUUAACAUUUCCCGCCGCCGAUUAUCCUAAUUGGGAGCUGGCCUCGUCCUGGCUGCAGAUUUGGAGCAGUUCUGCCGGUGCCAGUCCUCUGUGGUUCUACUCGUCACUCAUCAGCCGACAUUCGUCACCCACUCGCACGGAGCACCAGCACCAGGGACAUGAGUGCCGGCACGCGAAUCGGCUGAAAAAUGGAUUUAAUGCGACGCAAAACAAGCGCGGGCUCAUAAAAAUGAAAUGGAAAUUAAUCAAAUUAGCAUUUUGUACAAAUAGCAAAGCAUUAGCCAGGCCUAAGGCAGCAAUUUGUAAUGCCCGCAAGCUGGCGGGGGAAUUGAAAAGUCUCGGAGCCGAAAGCAGAAGACAUGCAAGCAGUCGUACCACGCCAAAAAGUGAUUGCAUAAUUACACAGGAAGCGAUGGCUCCUCCAUUUCCCAAGGAUCAGAAGAAGCAUGUUCCAUGGAGGCAGGCGAAGCAUCCUCAAAUGAAAAUUAAAACUAAUGACGAGUGCCGAAAGAAGAUAUCCCGAGUAGUCAAUUAGGCUUUCCACGCCGGGCUAAGCACUUUUGGGCUGCAAAAAUGAAGCGAACGAAGACGGCCUAGUACCAUGUCCGGCAUGUGGGGCUCGUUUUGCCCAUAUUUUCUGCUCCUCUGCUACGUUAAAGACCAACGUUCGUGUUUAACUACUGCGACUUUAUUGCAACACAAUGGUAUUUUAAGUGCAAACAAUAAAAAUGAUUUAUUGCCCAGGUACGGGGGCCCAACUCUCCAAA